ACCUCAUCUCCCAGUUCUGAUAAUUCUAAUCCCAUUCUCGGUGCACCCCACGGUCUGUCUGUCUGCACAAUAUGAGUGGCCUUGACCACGACUACUUUGCCGACAGCUCGGUCGAGCUCACCGCUGCCGAUAUUCUCGCAGCAGAGCAGCAGCAGCAGCCACCACAGCGACAGCAGCGCAACGCCGUCCAAACCACCUCCGCACCAGCUGCCGCUUCGCCUUCGCCUGCCCCGGGCAAUCCCCGUCAGCCAUCCCGUCCUGCUGUCCAGCAGCCCACUCCUCGACUGGUCUCCGCCGGUACGAUUCUCGUCAACCGCAAACAAGAUGGCAAUCCCGUACUACAGCAUAUCAAAGGCGCUUCUUGGGAGUUUGCAGACAUCACAUCCGACUAUAUGCCCGCCGAAAACGUAGCCGUUCUCUUUCUGAGCUUGAAAUAUCACAGACUACAUCCGGAAUAUAUCUUCAACAGAAUGGGAAAACUUGGGCAAUACAGAAAUCGCAUCCUUCUUGUCGUCGUCGACAUCGAGAAUCACACAGAUCCCAUAAAGACCCUAUCAAAAGCCGCAAUCGUCAAGGAAAUGACAAUCUUUCUUGCUUGGUCUGCCCGCGAAGCAGGAACUUACAUCUCUCUCUUCCGCAGACUUCAAAAAGUAUCUCCUGCGGCGAUUCAGGGCAAAAAAGACGAAGACUACAACAAGCAAGUAGUCGAAGUGCUGCGGACGAUUCCCCGCGUGAACAAAACCGAUGCGGCAAACCUGCUGGCAAAUUUUGGUUCGGUCGCCGGCGCAAUCGACGACUUCGGCAACUCGCUCCACAACAUCCCCGGCUGGGGCGAACAGAAAAUCCGACGGUUCAAGCAAGCGAUCAGUGAGCCGUUCGUGGCUCGGAAUAACAACGCCGUAGUUGCGUAUCGGAAUAAAGCACUCGCCACGCAUACUGCCUCUAUCCGCACUGCUUCACCGCCGCCUCAAGUGGAGCCCGCGCUUGGAACCGAAGCAGAGGAAGAGACUCGGCAGUCUGAAGUGUCGAGAAAACGUGCUGCUGCUGAACCCAUUAUUCGUGACUCGAAUAGUAGAGCAUUCUCUGAAAAUAUGGCUCGUCUUCGCGGAGAACGGUAGCAGGUUUUUGUCUAUACGUCUUAAUUCAGUACUAUUGUACGCCCGGUGUUACGGAGUUCUUAACAAUGUUUUAAACUACUUGGAAAUAAACGAGCUUGAAUUGAAAAUCAACGAAAGAAAAACCUGACCUAUCUGCGCUGCACUUUUGCUGU